GGCCUUUUGACGACGAUGUCUUCGAUAGACAAUCCAGACGCCCUCGUGCUCUCUGACGACCCUCUUCACCCCGCCAACCUCAUACCUGAACUAUGUCGCAACUUUUAUCAGCUAGGAUGGGUCACCGGGACUGGAGGGGGGAUUAGCAUUCGGAUAGGCAACACCGUCUACAUCGCGCCUUCUGGCGUGCAGAAAGAACGAAUCCUCCCUGAGCAUAUCUUUGUUCUCCCGUUUCCUCAAGUCGCGCCUUCGCCCCAUACCGACCGCGUCUUCCUCCGCCGUCCCGCUCAAAAUCUGAAAGAGUCGGCUUGCACACCCAUGCGGUUAUGGCAACCCUCCUCUGGCCAGGCUCAACCUUCUCUGUUUCUCAUCAGGCAAGUCGAUGUGUUCUCAGUCUGCAUUGCGACUGAUUGCGCAAUCUAUAUGAUCAAAGGCGUCCGUAUUGGUGGUGUAGGGCGAGCCCUGUCAUACCUCGAUACUCUCCAAGUCCCCAUCAUUGAAAAUACUCCCAAUGAGGAAGACCUCAAAGAUAGUAUGGCAGAGGCGAUGAAGCAGUACCCUGAUGCGGCAGGGGUUCUUGUGCGCAGACACGGCGUCUAUGUUUGGGGGUCAGACUGGGAGAAGGCUAAGACGCAAGCAGAAUGCCUCGAUUAUCUGUUCGAGAUCGCGGUCAAGAUGAAGCUGGCUGGUCUAGAAACAGUCUUGAAUAAGUAG